AUACAAAGAAUAUUUUAAUUGUUUGAUCGAUACAAAUUCGUUGAUGAUCAGUGAAACAGUAAUUCAUACAGCACACGACAAAAAGCAGAGGAAAUCAAUUGUACUUUUUUCUUUCGAAUCAAGACAUAAUUGUCAGAUGGUCGUAUAUAUAUUUACAGAUAAGUACUUAUGUAAAAUAACAAUGAGGAGAAAAAGCAAUUAGAAAGAAACGAUCGAUCAAAAGGGAUAUUGCAAAAGAGGGAUCGAACGGGGAAAAAAAAAUGCGAGGAACAGUGUAGUCGCAACGUGGUUCUCGGAGAGUACAUGGUGUGUUAUACCCCCACCAUCCGACGAAAACUUAAAAAUGCCGCCGCAGCGCAACCCGAAUCGAUAUUCGUCGAGGUAGUCACGUGAUCGGGACCCGAACUCCGUUGACCAAUAGGCGACCGGCUCGAACAAAGUUUACUUUUCCCGUCCCGACACGACAUCUGACUUCAGGUAACUGGAACAACAGUUCGCGACUGGUAGCGCACCGGUUUACGUUUUGGCGAUGUGUCGUUUUGAAGCCAGUUACGCGAAUGCUUUUGUGACAUGUUUAACCGUUAAGAGGGCGAACGCGAGUACGAUAUUAAGAUACGUACGCGUCUGACACGAUUCGCUCGCGGUUCGUUUUCGGUUUGAGAUACGGUAACGGCGCGGUGGUGCGCGUGCGAGUACAUCGCUAUCAUUCGUAUCGCGUCUAAAAAGAGAAAUGAUGAUCAUGUGGCGAAGAGCAGGGCGCACGUAGUUUAGUUUGGAGAGCAACUGUCUCCUCGUGUGCGAGCAGUAAGAAAAGAAGAUAAAUAAUUGGCGUGGUGAGAGUGAGAGAGGUGAAGUAAUAACAAAUACGUUUUGGAGAAAGAAGCUGGACGAGAAAAAGUGUACCUCACGUACUUAUUGUACGGCGCGACACUCACGCAUGCACGACGUACGUGUAUACUUACGUACGCGCGCUCGCAAGCGCGCCUGCAGCACACAGACGUACGUAACAACGUUAAUACACACGCGCGCAAACGCACACGCGCGCGCACAUGCGCGCGUGUGUGUAUGUAUAUCACUGUAGAUGACUACGUACACGUACCUGUACGUCUAUAGAAAGAGAAGAAGAAGAGAAGGACGGUGCGAGGGAGGUUAAAGGAGAGAGGGCGCUUGGGAAAGGAGGAAGGGAGCGAGUAAAAGAGAGAAACGUAGAGUGCGAGAAGAAAGAAAGCGAAACGCGUGGAAGAAGCGAAAUAGGAGUCGAAAAAUGCGGUAGUGUUACGUUUGUUGUGUGCCGUUUCGCGAGUGCUCUCUAAGAAAUAUAUCUGCGUGGGAUUGAAAAUUGGUGAAGUAAAACAAUCGAUGAACUUUCUCUCAUUCGAUUCGUUUUUUUGGUUAGAACGGAUCUAUUGUCAAUGAUCAAUCUAAUCGGAGAGUUAACACGAACGGCCGAAAAAUAAAUUCCUUCGAGGCUGAGAUUAUACGCACGUCGUUGGACCGUACGAAUUAAUAUUCGUACGAAAUAAUCGGGGAAGUAUGUAUUACGCAUGGUAUGAGAUCGUCGGAUGUAACUAAAAAGAAGAAUAGCGGCGCGUGGAAGACAGGAAAAGCGAGACAGGGAGAGAAAGAGAAAGAGAAAGAGAAGCGUGAAGAGAUGAUUCCGUAAGGACGGAAGGCUGUGAAGGGGCGGCAAGGGAAGGGGUCGGAAAGGAAAGGGAAAGGGAAAGAUAUACAAAGUGAUCGCGGACGUUCAGAGAUUUUGAAAAACGAGUGUAUGUGCGGGCGUGUGUGUAUAUAUCAGUGGGCAAGAUGGAGGAAAGUCAGCUGUUGAUGACGGAACUUCCUGCAUUAACGCCGAACCGCGGCACGACGUUGCUUCAUCGUUCGGGACAUUAUUAUCAGUUGCACCAGCCGCACCUAGCCGCGAUACAGUCGUCGCAAAGUCAAGGGAUCCUCUACAACUCGAGCAACACGCCACAUUAUACCAGCGGUACGACCGGUCUACCGGCAUACGCGCAAGGCCUCUCGUCGAGGCAACAACCGCAAGUAACUCCCCGCGGCACGGUCGCGGCCAGCACGCAUAUCUCCUGUUUGUAUCCUGAAAUAUUGGCGCUGAUCUUCAGCUACCUCGAGGUCAGGGACAAAGGACGCGCGGCACAAGUGUGUACCGCGUGGAGGGAUGCAGCGUAUUACCGGUCCGUCUGGCGAGGGGUUGAGGCCAGGUUACAUUUAAGAAAGCAGGCACCGGCGUUGUUCGCUAGCCUGGUCAGGAGAGGAGUGAAAAGGGUUCAGGUAUUGUCGCUGAGAAGAGGUCUCGGCGAUGUUUUGAAAGGCGUGCCAAACCUGGAGGCGUUGAAUCUUUCAGGCUGCUACAAUAUCACCGACGCCGGCCUGAUCAACGCUUUCUAUCAAGAAUAUCCCACGCUCACCGAAUUGAAUCUUUCGUUGUGCAAACAAGUGUCGGACAUUUCUCUCGGUAGGACAGUGCCGUAUUUAAAAAAUCUAGAGCAUCUCGAGCUCGGUGGUUGUAGCAACAUUACCAAUGCCGGGCUGCUCUGUAUAGCGUGGAAUUUGAAAAAACUGAAGAGACUCGAUUUGCGAAGUUGUUGGCAAGUAUCUGACUUGGGUAUAGCGAAUUUGGCCGGCGUGAAUCGCGAAGCGGCCGGGGGAAAUUUCGAAUUGGAGUAUCUGAGCCUUCAGGAUUGUCAGCGGCUGAGCGACGAGGCUCUCAGGUAUGUGUCGAUCGGUCUGACCACCCUGAAAUCCAUCAACCUUUCGUUUUGCGUGUGCAUCACCGACUCGGGACUGAAACACCUGGCCAAAAUGCCCAGCUUGCUUGAAUUGAACCUUCGCUCGUGCGACAAUAUUUCCGACAUCGGUAUGGCGUACCUCGCGGAAGGUGGUAGCAGGAUUUCCUCGUUGGACGUGUCGUUCUGCGACAAAAUCGGGGAUCAAGCGCUCGUUCACAUCUCCCAGGGACUGUUCAAUUUGAAAUCCUUAUCGCUGUCCGCAUGCCAAAUCAGCGACGAGGGUAUCUGCAAGAUCGCGAAGACCUUGCACGAUUUGGAGACUCUGAACAUCGGCCAGUGUAGCAGGUUGACGGACAAGGGACUCUACACCAUUGCCGAGAGUAUGAAGCAUUUGAAAUGUAUCGAUCUUUACGGAUGUACCAGGAUAAGUACCAACGGCUUAGAGAGGAUUAUGAAGUUGCCGCAACUGAAUACGUUAAACCUUGGUCUGUGGCACAUGCGGUGAUGGCUUUUUCUGAACCGUACGCACUAUUUACGUUCCUGCAUUCGUAUGAACGAUGAACGCGUUUCCUCGAUGCCAGUCAAGCAUCGUCGGAUACCAUACCGAUCUCUGAGUUAUUUCUCUUAACUCUUUUCCUCCUUUACUUUUCUCUUAUUUCUCGUAAACAUUUUUUACGGGCUGUCCAAUUGAACGGAUAAGUGUAAGUCAACAUUAAGCUCGAUUCCGUUCGGAUUUUCUUUUCUUCUCGUGACUAACCGGUGACUGCCAUCGCGCAUCGUGUCAAAGAUCAAUUUUUACUUAUCAGUUAAUAAUAAAAAAAUAAAAGGUUCAUUAUUCGUGUGAUACGCAAGUUUACCCUCGUUCAACGUACUUCAACUUUUCGGUACGAAAUAUCUUUCACCGGGGUCCUUUCUUUCUGUAUGUUCGACGGCUUCGUUCAUCGCAUAUCUGUAAUAACUAACUCAAGGUUUCACAUUUUGCUAUACCAUUUCUUUAUCAUACACCACUAAGUGUCAGUCAAAGAUUAUAUAUCCCCACGUUUCAAAUGAUUACGCUUUUCUAAUUUAAUCGAUUGCGUUCACAACUGCCGUCUCCAAUGCUCUCGCAAUAUUUCACACAUUAACACAUACAUACAUGUACGUACAUUGUUGCUAUACACGGCAAAAAGGUUUCGAUUAAAUUAAACACACGAUACGAAAUGAAUCGAUAAGUGAAAGGAGUAAGAGCCUCUUUCUUGAGAAACGUUAUUGUUCAUGUAUUAUAAAACAAGCAGAUCAAAUGUUUUUAGUUUUUUCUAUUGGUUUAAACGUUCUCAAUUAAUUUUGUAUUAUCGUGUGGGAAACUUUUUUGCCAGAGAUAGUACCGUGGAGGCACGUGCGUUUUUCAUGUACGUACGCGCACGUGCGCACACGACUGCAUCUACCGUGUGAAGCAAUCGGGCGUAGAACACAUACGCGGUUAGCAUACUUUCUUUUUCACCUGUUUUCCGUUAACGAAUGUUUCAUCCUGCAGGCAAUCACGUAUAAUGCAAUAAUUCUAUAACACAGCACGGUUAAAAAAUUGAGAAAGUGACUCCCAUAUAUCGUAUAAAGCGAUUGUGAUAUUCCAAAUAGACGCGUAUGACUUUAUUUUAAACUUCUCGCGUAUUGAACGAAAAACAUUUUUAUGGAAUAAUGUGGUAGGAUAGUCACGUGCGCUUUAAUAUAUUCAAAGAAUGUGAUCACACCGUGCUGUAGAUUGCCUGUACCACUUUCGAUUUAUACUGAACGAACACUAUUAAGUAUAUUAUAUAUACAAUCUUACACAAAAGUAACAAAGAUUUUGAAUUCUUUUCUUCUUCAGUUUUAAACAUAAAUAUUUGAGUUACUUUCCAUACUGUUCUUUUCAAAAAUAUGCAUCUGUUGUUUGGUAAAGAAUACUGUUUCUUCUCUUUCGCUGAUUCGAUUGUUUGUGGUAAAGUCGUACCAAAGAACCGGAGAUUAGACUAACGUUACAUAACAAUCGUCCGAUUCGUUUAUCUUUGCCGUGAUCCGAUUAUGUCGAUACGAGAUACCGUGUAGAUAUGAUAGUUACGUCUCCUUUGAACAGUGUAUAGAGCAUUUGCUCCCUGAAUAACAAUAAGUGUAUUCGACGUGGCAUUUGUAACAAGAGCUAUGAUGUAUGUCAAAAGAUGAAAAAUUUUUUAGGCGUCAAUUUUGUAUGAUACGAUGAUUAUUUAGUUUGUACGCGACUUAGUAACGGUAGACGCGAUUCCGUUUUGUAAAGAAAUCUAUUUUCUUCUAAUUCUAUUUUGUAGAGAUAUCAAAUGAUAGCGCAUACGCCUCUUGAAGGCAUGCAGCUAUAGACGUAAAGUGCAGAAAAGGGAAAGAUGAAUAUAGGGAGAGAGUGUGCAGAUUCACAAUGUGAAUUUUACAGACAUAGGGAUGAUGUUUCUAUUGCCGCGAACGAAAACCGUGAACUAUAUCUACAUACGUCGAUGUGAUGAUUUGUAUACGGACCUAAAAAUUAGUGAAGAUGAAUCCUAUUCAUUAGCUUGGUGCAUACUAAAUGCUCUUUUAUUUUCUAUAUCAAACUAGGCAUGCUAUUGUUUUUGUUAAUUAGAAAUUGAACUUUCGUUGUUACAGUUUCGAUUUGUAAAAGUUAUCCAUCGGAAAACGUUGCAUGCAGUUUUUUCAUUAAUAUCUUUCGUUUAAGAAAUUUAAAAGUAAGUUUGGGCUCUUUUAAUGUUUACCCAUUAAAUUUCAAAUGCUAAAUUUAUAUUUUCAUAAACUUUUGUGAUACUGCAGAUGUAAAGUGAUAUAGCUAGUACACAAUGUAAACUAUUUAGUAUUGCAUUUAGUAAAUAAUAUACAUCUACUAUUAAUUUUGUUAACAUUUGUCAUACGUGUAUCACGUUAGGUCAUUCCAUAAAUAAUGUGGACUUUAACACUAAAACGAGUUAAAUUGAUGGGCGUUUAAUAGAAAAAUGCCUGCUUAAAAAUAUAUCCGUAUGUUUUAAUGUUAAUGAAGUGAGAAUGAACAGAAAAUGUAGUGAAAGAAGUGAAACAUCAAUAAAUAGAGAGUUAUCUCAAUGGUAGAUGAAAAUUAAAAGGAAUUUGCAUUAUUAAUGGGUUGACUUAAGAAAAGAUGACAAAUUAAAACUUUAAAGAAAAAUUGCAUUUUGUAUUCACCAAUCUAACUUAUAAGAAUAUUGUCUUCUGUUAUUAUCGCAUCAACAUCGUAUAAUGCAUCUCAUUAGUUAUUUUCGGGGCAAAAAUUUCAUUCUUACCUUGUCUUUCGCUCUACUUAUUUACUGCGAUUUUAUGUUCUACGUAUCUUAUUCUAGAUAAUUUUGUUACGAUAUGUUUGGUCUUUUUCUUAAUUAUUAUAUAUUACGGCUUUUUUGUUGUACAUUAUUGUAGGAAAUGGGCGUUGCUUGAUGAUACCGAAUCGAUAAAUUACCAACACAUUUGAUUAAAAUUUCUGAACGUGUUAUACAUAUUACUGCGUUCUGUUUUCUGUAUAUUAUAUUCAGUUGCUGUUAUAUAUUAAUGGACAUAAUCGUUUAAAAAUUGAUACAAUAUGUUACAUCCCUAAUAAGUUUCAGUUUUAUCUCCUACAUGUUUUCUUACAUCUAUUACAUGAUUUAAAUGUUCCAUUUUUGCAGCUAAACGCUGGAUUCGAGUUAUAUCGGUGGAAUCAUUAUUUAAAUCUCAAAAAUAUUUAUUUUAUUUGUCAUACCACAAAUGGUACAUCCAUUCAAUCUUCAAAACUCGGUACAGGGAUAACAAUAAAUGAUACGUUAUCAUUCUGAUUUAUGAGAAACGUAAUUUAUGUAAUCCUUGUUGCAUCGUAGAGAUUUUUAAUGAAUGUUCCCGGCUAAAAUGAAUCCAAACACAGUGUAAAUCGGAUUAAUUUUGGAAUUAUUAAAAGUUCAACAGAUUUAUGUAAUAUUUCACGUCGCAAUAUGUUGAAAACAUCUCUACGAGUUUCAAACUAAAUAAUAAAUUAAAAAUGCUUAAAUAUUAAUUAAUAAAUUCUUUUAAUAAUCUGCCUGUUAGUGAAUAAUUUUGUACAACUAUCCACGUAGAGAUAGAAGAAUAACAUGAUGGAGGAAAUUGAUCAAACAAUUUUAUCUUCCUCUAGCCAAUGCUUUUUGUAGCCACUGUACAUCCGCCCAUAAAUACACAUUAGGACAUUUGUGUAAAAAAAAUACUCAUACUAACUGUGAUCAUUACCGUAAUUAGAUCUUUUAUUGUAUUAUUUGAACUGCAGAUGCUCGUGCAACUUAUGAUAUAUUAAAAUGUGCAAAAAAUAAAAGUGGAUAAAAUAUUGGUAGUAAAAUGUAUAACUAUAAUCAUUUGAAGAUUAGAAAAGAGCGUUGAUAUGUGUAGAAUCUACUUAUAUAAACGAAUGAAUCGUGCUAUAAGGUCUUCAUAUUUUCAUUCAACAUCUUUCUUUGUAAUAUACGCUUGAAUGCACAUAUCUUUUAAUAAUAAAUCUUUCAGAAAGUUUUCAUCAAAUGUGCAUGGAAAUUCAUUCGAUUCGGUGUUGUUACGAUUUAUCUAUUCUAGCAAUUUUAAAAUUCAGUAAUAAUUUGAUAUGUAAUGUGCAAUUGAUUUAUUGAUUUCAAAUCGUAAUUUUUCAUUCAACAGCGCAUAUUUUCUAUCAGUAACGAAUGAAUGACAAUUCUCUUUGUCAAAUUGACUUGUUCUUUAUUUGACGGUAAAAAUAAACAGGUUGAUGUAAAUAAUUUCUGUUCUUAAGUAUUGUUGUAUUACAGUUGUAUGUUACCAUGCUCAUUAAGUCUAGAAGUAUGAUCACAAGUAAAUAGGAAUGUACAGUGGCUCGAAUUCUUUCGUGAGCCACUGUAAAUAUUCGCGCGUUCUGUUUUUGAAGAUCAGUUUUCUUAUAAAAAGAAAAAAUGGAUACUGUUGUUACGAUAUUUUCCUUACCUAAAAUUAAGGAACUACUAUAUCGGAUUUUUGUUAGUAAAAAUAUGUACAUGAAAUCGUUACAGCAUUUACCACAUAGAACGCGACGUGCAGGAACUUGAAAAACCGUAAUUUUUCAAUUACUAUCGAAUUCUCUGUUUUCGUUGACAAUGUUAAAUCACUGCGAAGUGAUUGCGUUUGUUAAGCUUUUAUAAUAUAUUUCUUUAUAUGUUAAUAUAGUUCAUUUGCACUUUUACAAAUAUGUUUUUUUUCUCAAUAUCCUCCUUGCAUGUACGCAAUCAUACGAUUCAUGUGUACUGUAUACGACAAGAAUAAGCAAGCAAGUUUGCAUACCAAUAAAAAAAUUAGUCUGAUGUUGGGAUAAUUAAUUAAUUCGGUUUUUGUGCAAUUGCAUGCGAUAGUUUAAUUUUUGUUAUCAUAUGUUUCAUACGUUUCGUACAGACUUCAAAUGAAAUGCACUUAUUAAUUUAUAAAAUUCAGUUUCAAAACUGCGCUUAAAUACUCGAGUUGAGUGGUGCACUAUAAAUAUAACAGAAACUACUUUAAUUCUAUAAUCACAAGUAAUCGAAAAUCCUUAUAGUAUCAAGCUUACUCGUACAAAGGCUGUUAACUGAAUAGUACAUGAUGAAAACUUUCAAAGAACGAAUUCUACAGCAUCACAGAUACUUGCUGCAGCUGCAGCUGCAUAAAAUCGGACUAAAAUUAUUUUUAAUAGAAUUUAAAUUCCAUUCAAUACCAGUUGACUUCGUGUUGUAUAAGCCUGAUACUGGUUCGUCUUCCCAAUGUUCUGUCUUUCUAUGUUUACUCUAUUUCUGUAGUUAUGUCGAUUGGGGUUUCUCUUCUCCAUUAGUCCCAAGGAAUAUCCUUUAUUAUGUCUACCGUUCUUUCUUUCGGCAACUUUGAUUGUCGUCCACAUGAAGUUUUCAAUUGAAUUGGAAAAUUCUUGAUCUCGUUACAGAAAAAUACUUUUAAAAAUCCAGAAUACUUUUGGGAUCAAUUAUACACAAUACCUUUACAAAAUAAUAUGAGUUCUACAACAUACUAUAUAAUAGAAGUUAAUAAAGUAAAUGAAACGCUAUCCUCGCAUUGAUAUUUCUAUUGUUCGACUUCCAUGUAUUAGUUACAGUAAUUAACAAAAAUUUCUACAUCGACCGUUGGACAGUAUGCUUAUUUCGAACAUGAAAUACACGAUGAACGAAGCUCCUGAAUUCCAGACGCUCAUAAAAGAUAUUAAUAACUAAAAUUCUGAAUCCCUUUGUCCUAUCUUCUUUUAUUUGUAUAACUGGCCUGGACUAUCCGUACGUAAAAUUGACAACAUAUUUCUAUGUAUCUUUAAGCGAACGUACAAAAUGCUCGGAGUACGCGACGCAUACGAAAUAUAAAAGCACCUUCAUAAUUCUCUACAACACAAAUUAUUGAAAUAUUUAUUUUCUAAUAGAAAUACGUAUUUGCAUAAAUCCUCGCAAUUCAGUUGUAUCUCCUCUGUAAGAUGUUCGCUAAUACGAGAGUGAGACGAUGAUUUGCUAUGAAUUAUUGAUAGCUGAUUCAUGAUUAGCUGUCGUCAGAGAAAAUAGAAGAGUCGAGCGAGCGACGUUCUUUGUGAAAAUUAGAAGAACAUCAUUCUAAUGUAAUUACGAAAUGUAAAAAGUUUGUAUCUUCCUAAACUGCGUAUCAGUUAUCAGUGGUAUGUACAUAGACGAACAGUCAGUUACAAACUUAUCAAAUUUUUAUAAUAGAAGUACUUUUGUACUAUUAUAAUACGUUUGUUAAAAAUGGAAUUAGACAGAUUUCAAGGAUAUGGUGGCGUUUUCUGCAUCUGUCGAUUGCAUAUGAACAUAGUCUAAAAUCAGCAUACAGCAAAGUAGUACGUCAUUAUCUGCCUACUACUUGCUUACGUUCCUAGUAAACAAAUAAGAAAUGUCUUCUUUGGAAUCUGUCAAAUUUCAUCGUUCUUAUUUUCCUUUUGUUUAAACUGUUUGAAGAAUCUUAGGUAUAUUUGUGACUGACUGCAAGCGUUUCUCUAUUCAUAUACUCGCUAUUGUAUAUAAAUGUUUUUCAUAGUAAAAUACAUGAUUUGUUACCCUUUUUCAUAAAGACAUUCAAGAUUAAAAACGGGAAUCGAUUUUGUUUACCGAGUUGAUGAAAGGAAUCAUCGAAUUGUUUCUCAAAUAAAAAAAAUUAACAAAUGUGUGUAUCGUAUGCCUGUGGGAAUUAUAAAGUACAUUUACAAAGUAAGCAAUAUGUCCCAUAUACAAGGAAGCAUGAACAACUUCGUCAGACAAAGACUGUUCGAAUCGGUACGAGGAACGAAGGAGACGGCGUCACGUUUUUUAAUUCAAAAUAAAAUAUAAUAUCCGUAAGUUUGCUUGUAAAUUUGCCGUAAGUAUAUACAUACACGUGUAUAUGAUAAAUGUAAAGUUACAAAAGCUACGAAAAAGACACGAGUUUUGGAAAAAGAAUUAUUCAUAUUCCACUGGUCGAUACCUUAUUACUACGAUAUAGGUACACAAAAUGUUUCAGAAAAGUUUGUUCAAGGAAGAACGUGACAAUAUGUUGUGAACUAAACGAGGAAACGAAGAAGCGAAAAGUAGAGAAAGAAACUUGAUAAGUCUGUGGUGAGGUGGCAAAAUGGGAUGAAGCAUGUAAUCCUUCGAUUCUAUUUUUACGAUUUCAUAGUUGAAUUUAUCAAUCGGGUCGUUUUUAAAGUAAUAUGAUCUCUUUGAUCAGUUCCACGCUACGGUAUUACGUGAGCAGCGUGACACAAGUUUUGUCAACUGACCACAGAGACAAUAGGAAGGUCUCAGCGUUUCAAGCUAUCAUUUUCGUUGUUUAACGUUAGAUAAGCUUUUAUAUGAAAACGAGUAACGGAUCGGAGUGUCGUUUCGGCGCGUCGAAUUCAGAGACCAUCAUUAUUCAGAUGUCAGGUGAGAACGAGACGGUAAAUAUGCAGGUGCGUUCACGAUGCUUGUGUAAAUUGAUCCAAUUGCAAUUUUUUUUAUGUAUGAGAGAAAUGAGAGUUAGUGCGAUAAUCUGUAACUGAUUACGGUCUUACACGUGCUGCGCCGUUCAACUGAUUUUAUUUAUCAGUUGUGCGAAAAAUCCGAAGAAGGAAACUUGCGUUCUCGUUACCAUUUUCAUUCGAAAUGAGAUAUACAGCCAGUGCAUAGAAAACGCAUACAACAGGCAAAACGAAAAUUGAGAGAAGUUAAUUAAACUACAUACUUUACAUAUCCAAACUUAUAAGUAAAGUUUCCAAAGCAAAAGAAAACAUGCGUAUUUCAAACUUUUACCAUCGAUGUUUUGUUACAUUGUAAAAAAUAUUCGAUGCGGUUGCGUUGAAUUGAUAUCAACACCGUUUCUCAUUAAUUGUUGAGUUGGAUGCUAAUAUUUUCAGUUUGUAAAUAGGUGUAUAAAGAAUUUAGUUAUGUACGUACACCCAUCUCAUUAUAUUUUGACCGAAAACGAACACGAACAAGCGUGCACCGCCGUUAGAGGCAUAUGGCGAACAAUGCGUAUUCGCGGUCAAGAUACAAUGAGUCAAGUGUAUACACUUCUAUUAUAAUUAUUAUUUUGCAUUACGUAUAUCUGUUAUAGGGAAAGUUCUCAUUUGUUGAAGAAAGAAACAAUGUUUUAUGUUUUGAUAGGAAUAAGAAAAAAUAAGCAAUUCGAAUAUGUUCAUGUGUUCAGAUAGCAAAAUCUGGUAUAUACAAUUUUUAUAAUACCUAAGGUGACAUUGAUAUCUUGUCAAGAAAAGUAAGUUGUAUUGCGUCUUCCUAUCAUGUUAGUUUUAGUUAUAAUUAAUUACAAUAAAAUCUAUCGUAUGUGAUCUUCAAAACUGUAUUUAAAAAUUGGUAGCAAAAUAGUGCAUAUCACGUUUUGUCACCUGAGCACAGAUUAAAAAGCAAGUAUAGAAAUUUCGAAAUCAAAUUAGGAAGAAAUUCAGUUAUAGAAGAAUAAUUUGAUUUAACGUCAUUUUUGUUUCGAAAUUUCUAAUGUAAUAUGAGAAAUGGAUAAUGUUCAAAGGGUAAUGAAUCUUUCAACGUUUUAAUAUAAAACAUCAAGUUUUUAUCCAACUUCAUUCGAAUCAAAAGAAAAAUCUAUGUUUCAUAUUUCACAAUAAAAGUAUCGACGAUACGUUUUGUAUAUGUAAUUGCUCCUAUUUUUGUCUCUCAGUAUAAAUACUCAGAUGAGAAAAUUAACCAUUUCGAAGACUCAUUAAUUUUCUACUGUUUUCAAUUUAUUGACAAAUUGAUCACCGCUUUUAUGAUAAUGAAAUGAAAAAUAAAUUCGAGAUGUGGCGGCAUUUACAUAUACCUACUACAAUUUCCCUCAAGUAAGUGAAAUAUGUAAUCAUACAUUAACGUUCGUGACACACGUUUUUCAUAAAAUAUUAUUUCGUGAAAUGGAAUUUUCAAUUCUCAAUUAUUAAUUAAUUAUCAGUUUUAGUGGUUUUGUUAAAUUGUUGAUUAAUUUUUUAUAAGAAUACUGGCAAUUAUAAUAAUAAAGAAAGCGCUUUGGAAUCUGUAAUUGAAACAGUGAAUUAUGUAGUACGUGUAUCCAAAUGUACGAAGGAAAUGCAUUUAAAAAUCAAUGAGUGGUCGGAAUAUCGAGAACGCGAGUCGAGGGGAAACAUUCAAAUAUUUGACUAUUGUGUAGUUGAUUAUAUGUAUUAUAUAAUAGUACACAUACGUUAUGUGUGUAUGUGCGCGUGAAGAACUGAAGAGGAAUUCGGCCUGCUGAUCGCUCCGUCCGUAGCGCACUUUGUAAUUAUGUGCUGUAAAUAUUCAACGACGAUAUGUUUAGCUAAUAAUACACGCCCAAUUGUGUGACUGUAAAUACCAGACGUGAAGAAGAUGUUUGUUAAAUAUAGAAUACGUUACGUUUUUCAA